AUGUCGAAAACCCCAGUGUCCGACGCCGUCACCAAGGACGAUAUCCAGGGUCCAUCCAGUUCGAUCAAAGGUUCCAGCCAUGAGUACAACUCAGAUUCACAAUCAACUGAGCCCGUGCAAGGAAAGCCAAAGAGGAGUUGGCGGUCUUACCUCUGGGAUACAUUGGACAAGUCUCCCGAAGAAAGGCGCUUCCUGUUCAAGCUCGAUGCGGUGAUUCUGACUCUGGCGUCUCUGGGAUACUUCAUCAAGUAUCUUGACCAAGUCAACAUCACCAAUGCCUUCGUGUCCGGAAUGAAGGAGGAUCUGAAGCUGUUUGGCAGUGAGUUGAACUACAUGCAGACAUGCUGGACGGUGGGAUAUGUCAUUGGCGAGAUUCCAAGCAAUCUCUUGCUGACUCGCAUCCGGCCGUCCAUCUGGAUCCCGGCUUGCGAGGUUGUAUGGGCAAUUUUGACCAUCUUGCUCGCUAAAUGCAAGACCACGACCCAGAUCUACGUCUUGCGUUUCUUCAUCGGCCUGACUGAGAGUGUCUUCUACCCGGGCAUGCAGUACAUCAUCGGCUCAUGGUACCGCAAAGACGAGCUGGCAAAGCGAUCCUGCAUCUUCCACGCCAGCGGCGCCAUAGGUACCAUGUUCUCCGGGUAUCUCAUGGCCGCAGUCCACAAGAACCUAGCCGGCGUCGGAGGAUUCAAAGGCUGGCAGUGGCUCUUCAUCAUCGACACGGUCAUUUCGCUGCCCAUCGCCAUCUCAGGCUUCUUCCUCAUGCCAGACCUGCCCGAGAUUACCAAAGCGUGGUACUUCUCCGCGGACGAGAUCGCCCUAGCAAAGGAACGCAUGCGUCUCGAAGGUCGUGCUACCAGAUCUCCAUACACCAAAGCCAAGUUCAAGAAGAUCUUCUCCAGUUGGCACAUCUAUCUCCUCACUGCACUCUACAUCUUCUUCAACAAUGGUAAUGGAGCCUCCGGCCAACCUGCGUUCCAGCUGUGGCUCAAGUCUAAGGGACACUCCAUUACCGAGAUCAACACAUAUCCGACCAUCACAGCCGCCAUCACCGUAAUCACAACGCUCAUUUACGCAUGGACGUCUGAUACCGUGUUUCGCGGCGCUAGAUGGCCGCCCAUUAUCUUUUCAGGUCUGGUGAACAUCGUGAUAUACUCCAGUCUAGCAGCGUGGGAUAUCCCGGACGGUUGGAAAUGGGCCUGCUUUUUGCUGGCAGGCUUUGGCGGUGGUAUCAGCGGGCUGACGUUUGCUUGGGCGCAUGAAAUUUGCGGCGACGAUAACGAGGAAAGAGCGCUGGUGACGGGUACCAUGAAUGAGAUGGCCUAUGUCAUUCAGGCGUGGUUGCCCUUGUUGAUUUGGCAGCAGGUGGAGGCGCCGGUGUACCACAAGGGAUAUAUGACGUCGAUUUUCAUCGCGGUUGCCAUGAUAGCCACUGCGUUCUUGAUUAGGUUUUUACAUCACAAGGAAAGAGCGAAGAAGCUGAUCGCGGAAGAGCAAAACGCUUGA